UCUAAAGCGUCCUCUAAACUUCCGACUGUUCUCUAUUCCCUUUUUUGUAGUAGUGGGAUGGGAUCAUGAAAAUGCGACAAUAAGUGUUAGUGAGGAUUGGUGGAGAAAUAAAAUUGAGGAAAACAUCCGGUUUAAGGCAUUUCAAGAUGAAGGGAUUGAACCUGAAUUUGAGUUAAAGAUGGAACAAUUAUUUGGAGUUUCAGUUGCUCAAGGGGUGCAUAGGUUUACUCCAGUUCAAAUUGAGAAAGAGGUUCUUUACAUCCCUUCCCCUCCUCUAAGUGUAAAUGUUGGGGAUGCAUCAUUUCCCUAUGAUGAUGAGAUGAGUGAGAAUAAUGCUCAUAAAAAUUUCCAAUCUAGUAGUGCAUGGAAGGAAGUUUGGAAUGAUAAUGCCUACAUUCCCUCUCCUACUCCUCCUUCUCCACAAUCUAAUGAAUGUGAUGUAACUAGGAGAGGAAGCAAAAGAGUGUCUGAAAACAAUAAUGCUUCUGAAAGUUCUAAAAGUUGUAAGACCGAAUCAUCCGAAAAAGAGAGGAGCUGGGAUGUUGAUGGAGAAACUAGAUGCCAUGGUGAAGGUAGUUACAGAGAGAAACUUUGAGGACAUGGAGUUAAUGAACCUUGAAUCACAUACUUUAGCUAAUUCUUCUACUUCACUUGUUGAAUCUCUUGCAAAGUUGGUUUCCUUGCCUGGUUUAGUAGCUGGUAGUCCUGAAUUUUGCUUUGCUUGCACCUUAAUUGAGGAUCCCCAAAAAAGGAUAAUUCUUGAUGCUAUGCCUGAUGACUACUCAAGAAUUCAAUGAUUAAACUACUUGUAUGGGAAGAGUGAGAAGAAUGAGUGAACCUCAUAUCAUUAUGAAGUAUGUACUUUGAGUCAUGUAGGUUUUGCCUAAGCUACUUUGGUUAUCGGAAUGUAAGUUAAGUAGAAGACAUAUUCUACGUAGUAUU